UCCACCUGACGACAGACAAGACACCAGCUCAGCUGCCAACACACAGGACGACAUGGUGUCAAUCAAAGCUACAGUGAUGGCGCUCACGCUGCUCGCCGUGUGUCUGCUGGCCACAGAAGCAUCUGCAGUGAGUCACAAAUGUUGUCGCAGUUACAUGAAAGACAGAAUACCAUUCCGUAAAAUCACGGGGUAUUCGGUCCAGACUGACAAAGAGAUGUGUUCAAUCAAUGCCAUCAUUUUCCACACAAAGAGAGGUCUAGCAUGCACCAAUCCUGCUCACAACUGGGUGAUGGACUAUGUCAACCGACUGAGGAAUAUGGCACAAAAGGUUCACAUUGAGACUGCACAUGAGAAGAAGUAAAGUUCUCCUGAAGGUGGAGCACAAAGGUCACACUUCAACUUCGCCUGGUAUACAUUGACCAAUACUGUUUCACAGAUUUAUAACUCUGUUAACUUCUGUUUGAAAUUGGCUUUAAAAACUGCUGAUAUAAAAUGUGUAUUUGAAAAGUAUUUUUGUAAUGCUCAGUUGUAAG